AUCUUUGUGUCAGCGACUAGACAACUUACGGGAACACAUUCGGCUCUGGGGGAUUUUAACUCGUGCCUGAAAGCAAAGCACGGGCCAUUCAAGGACCGAAAUGAGUGACAGCUCUUCCCUGAGUCCUCCAGCACCAAGCCAGGGCCCUACUACCCCACGCAAAGGGCCCCCCAAGUUCAAGCAGAGGCAGACUCGACAGUUCAAGAGCAAGCCUCCCAAGAAAGGGGUGAAAGGGUUUGGAGAUGACAUCCCAGGCAUGGAGGGGCUAGGAACAGAUAUCACGGUCAUCUGUCCCUGGGAAGCGUUCAGCCACCUGGAGCUGCAUGAGCUUGCUCAGUUCGGGAUCAUAUGAGGAGCCCAGAGGCUCGGCUGCUCUCAAGAGCAACUGCUGCUCUUGAGAGUGUCAUUGCUUUUACCUAAUUGGUCUGUCUGAGUCUUGAAAUCCAGUAUUUAGAAGGACCAUAUAUGGCCCUGACCCGUGAGUUAUGGUACCUGUUCUUUCCUGGAGGGUAGCUCAGUUUCAUUGUUGAAUAAAAAGGCAGAUUUUGGGGGGUUUCCCCAACUUUA